AAUUAAAUUGCAUCAACCGAAUGCCACUAUGAAAGUAAUAAUUGAAAAAUUUCGGAAUACACUCAAAAAGAGAUAUAAAAUAAUUCAGGCAGUACGUGGAACACGUUACUGCUGUUUGUGAUUCAGAGUCCAGAAGACGUAAGAUGAAGUUAGACGCCAAAAUUGUACUUCUCCUGUUUGGAGCCCUCAUGCUCGUCAGUUCCGCGUAUGGUCAGGAUGCCGUGAGCCAGAUGAGCGUCGAGGACAAACGCCGAAUCAUCAAAAGCAUGUUAGACUCGCAGAAAGAUAUUCGCCGAGCGUUGUUGAAAAUCAGACGGCAGAUUAUGGGGGACUCCGAGGGCGCCGGAGGUCAGCAGCCAGGCGAUGAAGACGAUGAUGACGAUGACGAUAAUGCUGACGAUGGAUUGGAUGGUGAUGACAUUUCCGGUGGAGAGGAGGAAUGGAAGGAGGAACAAAGAAAGAUUCGCGAGGCGCGUGAGCAACUGGAGGCUUAUGUUAAAAAAAUCGCUUCAUCCUUCAUCGCGAUGCACGAUAUAAUCGAGAAGAUUAACAACAAGAUCGACGAGGAGAUCAGGGAGGGUAACAGUGAGGUGAACUAUAACUUAUACUAUCGUCCCGGAAAGCCAUUUCAGCCACCCACAAGCCCUCCAUUUAAAUCCAAACAAUCGGCUAUCCAGACCUUUGAUCAAGCAAAUUCAGACGGAUCAUCCCAUUAUAAACGAAACAACAAAAGACCUUAUAGGCACACUCAACGAGGAAGUCGAGCCCUGGACGAUACCGAACUUACAGUUGAUACGGAGCAUUCGAGCAGCCCAGAUCACCUCAGCGUUACUUCUAGCGAUGACACUCUGCAGGGAGCUGUUCCCCUUGAACUAAAUCAGCAGAAAGUCGUAUGAAAACCCUUCUGAUAUUAAAACACAUGAAUAAACAAUAAUAAUAACUCGUUUUGAGUACACAUCGAA